UUGGUGUACGAAGUAGCACUAAUACCUCUUCAUCUCCUUUAGCAGCGAAUUAAGGUGCAUCUAGAUUGAUUUGAUAUAGACCAAUUCGAGAAAGAGGUACAGCACUUUGGUAGUACCUGCGAUCAAAUAAAUUCAUGAUGUUCAUAGAGUUGGUAGUUGUAAUCAUUGGUGCUAUUGUUCUACAUCAUCUCAUAAUCCGAUUUUCAGAAGAUGCCAACUUGCCCCCAGGGCCCAGGCCGUUACCGUUACUGGGUAACCUGUUUGACGUSAUAAGUUCUAUGCCUUAUGUUCACGAGGCGUUGUGUAAGUUACAAAAGGUGUAUGGAGACGUCUUUACGCUCUACCUACAGGGCAAGAGAAUCAUCGUGAUCAGCUCUGCGUCGACCGCACGAGAAGCACUUCUGGCCAGAAAGAACGACUUUGCAGGCAGGCCAUAUGUGUUCGGAGGUGAUUAUGUCACAAGAAAAAGCAAAGAUAUUGUCUUUAGUGAUUACUCUCAGAGGCUGAAACUUAUGCGAAAGGUAGGAGUCAAAGCCAUGCGAGAAUUCCUCCCACAAGCCGAAAGAAAUAUCAAAGUUGAGUUACAGGAUCUGAUAUCACGAAUGAAGGAAAAUGAAACCAGCGAUGUUGACCUUAAAAACGACAUACAACUGUCAGUCAUGAAUGUUGUCUGUGCCUUGAUCUUYGGUCAGCGGUAUGAUAUUAAGGACCCAGAGUUCGUAAACUGUGUGUAUUUUACAGAUACAGCGUGUAAGUUUGCAGAAAGCACUGGGAUCCUGGGCAUGUUUCCUUGGCUGAUCCACUUUCCCAUAAAACCCUCCAACGAAAUUAAAAAAUGCUGCAGAAUCAAAGACGAAAUAYUAAACCGGAAGUACCGACAGCACUUGCAAACCUACAAUGCCAGCGUUACACGUGACAUUACCGACUCCCUAAUAAAGGYCARACUUGAAGAAGAAAAAUCAGACGUUAACAAAACUGACGUCAUUGAUGAGGAUAAUGUGACCAUGACCAUGCAAGAUAUGUUUAUUGCAGGCAACGAGACRAGUACAACAACAAUCCUUUGGGCGUUGGUCCACCUCAUGGCACACCCUGAUGUACAGGCGAAGGCACACGCCCAGAUUGAUGACAUCAUCGGACACGAUCGACUACCCGAACUUAGUGACAGAGAAMGUCUUCCAUUCGUCGAGGCGAUCAUCGCAGAAACAUCGCGGCUGUCAUCCGUUGUGCCGUUAUCAAUUCCUCACAAGACUACGGCGGAUACUAGUCUUAAAAAUUACACCGUACCUCGUGAAACAACAGUUCUGCUGAACUUGUGGGCAAUCCACCACGACCAAAGGGACUGGGAUGAACCUAUGGAAUUCAAACCUGAAAGAUUUCUUGAUGUCGAUGGGAASAUGAAAGAGUUGUCUAAACUCAGCUACUUGCCGUUCAGUACAGGUCUUAGGAGCUGCAUGGGAGAAGCGUUAGCUAAGCAGAUGAUGUUUCUUCUGCUAACGGGGAUGUUACAAGAGUUUGAGUUCGUUAGUCCGACGGGUGCUGCCAUUAAACACAUCAAGGGAAUGGAUGGCAUAGUUAGGAACCCUGAAAACUUUAAAGUAUGCCUUAAAAGAAGAGUUAAACCAGCUUAAAAGAAAACAGUGAAGCUUCAUAGAACAUUGCAAUCCAGUUAUCAUUAGCUUGCUGKUUUAUGAAUAGUUCAGACUUUGUAAACACUGCGCACACAACUACACUUGAUUUAAGGAUGUUCUCAUUUAAAGCAUAGUUAUUAUUCACCAUGACUAAAUCAAACACUCACUCUAAAAGCACACUAAGCAACAAAAUGUCUAAAGCUUCGGCGAUGCUAUUGAUGUAACCCAACGUAAAUCAUUGAUUAUGUGGAGUCAUAGAUUCAUAUUUCGAUCAAUCGCGUACAUCAUGGUCGUGAGCCGGAGGGGAAGUCAUGUCUUCCAUUUAUUGCAGUUUAUUUGACAGUAUYAUUGAGCACUAGCUAUUUCAUUAAACAUAAUGCACUUGUUUCGAAUUUAAACAGAAAAGUAGUCAUAAUUAUUAGACAAACAAGAAUAUUUUCAAUGAAUUCCAGGACCCUCAAAAAAUUCCAUGAUUUUCAGGCCUGGAAAACUAAAAUACAAUAUUCCAUAACUUCUUGGCUCGGCURGGUGUAGGGACCAAAAUUGUGAUUAUUUGGGGUUCAAGGAUCUAAUUUCUAUCCCUAGAAUCAUGGUCACUGGUCAAUGAGUGUGUAUUGGUGAAUCAGUUGCAAAACAAAUGUUUUUCCUAAUUGGAGCAAGUUGAAGCAAGACGACUGUUAAAMUUGUAAUGAUGGCUAMCUUCUUUCAUGCCUACAGACAAGUAUUCGAAGCUGUCUAUCACUGCAUACUCAACAGUUGUCUCGUUUUGAUGUAAAGGCACAGCUACUUUUCAAGAUAUCAUAGGGAACUAUGUGAAGACAAAUGAUUUUUU